AUGGCAGAUGGAGAGGGAUUUGUGGUGCGUAUUCGUGGCCUUCCCUGGUCUUGCGCUGUGGACGAAGUGGCAAGAUUUUUCUCUGGUAAGAAAACAUGGAUACUUAUUUUGUUCUGAUAAAUGAUGUAAAUAAAAAACAAGCCUCUAAGUAUGUCUGAAGUAUUUUCAGGUGACUAAAUUGGUGUAAUUAUAUUCCAGAUUGUAAAGUUGCAAACAACGGGACAAGCAUCCAUUUCACCUACACUCGUGAGGGUAGGCCAAGCGGCGAGGCCUUCGUAGAGCUGGAGUCGGAGGACGACCUGAAGAUUGCCGUCAAGAAAGACAGAGAGACCCUGGGUCACCGAUAUGUGGAAGGUAUUCAUUAAUUUGGUUUUGUCUCCCGGUUCCAAUAGUGUCUUGAUUUUUGAUUAUCUUCAAGGUGAUUGUGACAACAUGUUCUGAUAUGAGAUUAGAUGCUAAAGAAUCCUCAUGUUCUGUUUUCUGUCUCAGUCUUCAAAUCGAACAAUGUGGAGAUGGACUGGGUCAUGAAGCACACUGGUCCUAACAGCCCAGAGACUGAGGGGGACGGGCUUGUGCGGCUGCGUGGCCUUCCCUUCGGCUGUAGCAAGGAGGAGAUUGUCCAGUUCUUCUUAGGUGUGUUUGGUGCCCUUUGUCCUCCAGUCCAAUGAACUCUUAAGAUAAUCACCCUCAGUUGAUAUCAACAUAGCUUUGAAAAUACACUGCCUGUAGUUCAAGGCUUGGCUGAAGGAAAAUUCUAAUGUUAAUAGCCUCUUGGACAUUGAAUUGGGAUCUGAACUCUGUUAUUGGCUUCACAAUGAUAGUCCAUCAGAACCUGAGACUUGAUUAGAGCCAAGAUGGAUACUUCUGUUUUGGAUGAAUCUUACAUUCAGACCCCAUAGUCAUCCACUCAACAUUAGCAUCACUCUUAUUAAUUGGUACAAACAAGCACUAACUUAAUUUCUCCCUACUAUUCUAUGGGCUCCCUUUUAUUUGGUUUAUGUUCCCAGAAUGAAGUACAAAAAAAAACCAGACAGUAAGUAAAUAAUUGAUCCAAAUGCUGCCACUCAUCUGGCACGCUGUUCAUAAAGGCUAUUCUUCUUUUCAUAGGGUCCCCGUGUCUGAUGUGUUUUUUCAUUUCAUUUUAUUUUAUUUUUGAAGAAAAAGAGCAACAACUCUGUGAAUGGGCAUGUGAUUGAUUUAAUAUGUCCCCCCGCUGGGGUUAUCUGUCCUUGGGUUGAAGGGUUGGAAAUCGUGCCAAAUGGGAUAACAUUGCCGGUGGACUUCCAGGGGAGGAGUACGGGGGAGGCCUUCGUGCAGUUUGCUUCACAGGAUAUAGCUGAAAAGGCUCUAAAGAAACACAAGGACAGAAUAGGGCACAGGUGGGGAUGGUUGGUUGGUUGGCUGGUUACGCUGCUUUUCUUAUGGUAUUCACCUGUUGCCACAAUUGUCUUCUGUGGUAAUGACACAUGCCAAGAACCUGCACAUGCUACAAGGACAUUCAUACAUGUAUCCAUUUCAGAUCAUCGCCCAUAGCCUCUUCGAAUUCAGAGAUGCGCUUCGUAUUUUUGGGCCAAAACAUACUUUAGUGCUGAGUGAUUGUCCUGGACUUGGUUUUGUGAGGAAGUUUUCGAAUGACUUCUACUCAAAGGUGUCAGGAAACACCUUUUGUACUGUAGAUGGAGAAUUCAGAAUAUACAUCACUGAACUGGGUCAGAUACAAAUAAAAUGAUUUUCAUCUACGUCCCAAUCCAAUUAAGUUUGAAUCGAAUUUAAAUGUGUUUUCUAAAAAUGGCACCUUGACACCAUGGUGUUUUUGCCCUAGAUGGUACCAGUUUUCACUCUGCACUAAUCCACAGGCCCUCAUGGCACACAGAUGUGACUGAGACCCAGUCUUCCUUGGGCCAUGGAUCCUGCAGUCAAAAGAAAAGCUUUGAUAUUCUGGGGUCAAUAAUGGCAUAAUGGUAACACUGACAGUGUAAUUCUCUGGUUCUUUUGUUUAUUUAAAGCAUGAACAGGAAAACAGCUGUAGCAUUCUAGUGGCUAUUUGUCAUUAACCCUAACAAGAGAAACCUCAAUGUUCAGUCAGUGAAAGUCACAACUAGUUUGAGGCAUUACUUCUCUUCUAGAUAUUAUGAUUGACAUGCAUGGACGUGAGUAACAGGACAAAUGCUACAGUCCUAUGUCCUUAGUGCUACCUGAUUUUUUUUAUCUUUUGCUCAAUAGUCGUUAAACCUUUUGGGACUGGUACCCUAGCCUAAUGCUUGUCUGUGUGCCUGUAGGUAUAUUGAGAUAUUCAAGAGCAGCAAUGCGGAGGUGCGGACGAACUACGAGCCCCCACGCAAAACCAUGGGCGGCAUGCAGAGACCAGGCCCCUACGACCGGCCUGGUGGUGGAGGCGGCCGUGGCUACAACGGCAUGAGCCGAGGAGGCUCUUUCGACAGGAUGCGCCGUGGGGGCUACAGCGGAGGUGAGGCUGGUGAGAAAUCCAGUUCAGUUCUCCGUCCCUUCCGUCCUUCUUUUCCCUACACGUUUUCUUUUUCUUUUUUUUUUUCUGGUUUCUGCUCUGUCUUUGGAAAUUACAGGUGGAUGGUGAUGAUGGGACACAGCAGCAUGGGAAAACUGAACAUGUUCUAUAUCGUGGAGCUCCGCCCCAUAGGGGAGCUAUGCUCCUAGUGGUUUACCCUCUGCCCUAAGGCAGAACAGCCUGAAGCAAAAUUAUGCACACACCUACAGCCAAUAGGAGUACAGGUGUCCCUAUAUAAGGAACCCCGUUCCCUCAAUCUGCCUCCCAUUAUCUUCAGCGACUGGACUAGAAUUGAAGAAGCCAAGAAGAGAAGACUCAGGACGAAGAAAACGCCGUCGAUUUCCAGAUCAUCGACGUCGUCCUACAAUGAGCACACCAAGCUUACCCAUAGGGUAAGUAUUUAACUAAAGCUCUUUUCAGAGCUCAAUGUCGCUGUUCCCCUUGGCGGCUGUCACCCCCCCCGAAAUAUGUUUCGUGGGUUGAGGGACACAGCAUGCCAGGGACGGCCUCAUUAAUCCCCCACUAUGCGCCAGCUGCGCCCUCCUUUUUUGAAGGAGUGGAAGCAGCGUUGGGCAUUUUUAGGGAGGAUAUUCCUCUUGAGGAUGUGUUAUCAAUGUUAGUCUCAGCUCUGAGGCAUCAUCUGAAGGCGCUGACUCAGGAGAUGACAGGGCUAUUGGGGAAGAAAUGAAUAUUCUAUUGGAACAAUUCAUUACACUGACCCAGAUGUUUAACACCCCUUUUCCUUCAGGAAAUUGUGAGGUCAUUACAUCCCUGGAUGAUGACGCCACAGCCUCUCUGUGCUCUGAAUUUUUAGAUCUCAUUGAGUGGGCUGCUAAACAGUGGGAGAUUAAGCUGCCCCCAUUCCCUCCAACCCGGAAGUGGAUAUGAUGAAGGGCGGCCGUUACUCUCGCUACAGCUUGGCGUCAGACGACGGCCUCCAGCAGCAAGGGAGCGGGCCUCGCCCCCCCCUGCAGCGCCAGAGGUGCCGGCGAGAGAGGUCAUUAAAGCGUCAUCCUGGCAUCACCCGAAGGGCGGCCAGAAGAGACGCCGUUUAUGACAGGCGAGGGGGAGAGAACGGAAGACGGCACAGCGCCUGCUGUGACCGAGCCCACUGUCCCCGCACACUCUACCGUUGAGUGUAUGGAGGAGAAUGUUUUUUGUUGAUGUGUGUAAUAAAGAGUUGGCUCUACUUGACACUGUCAAAAAAGAGCCCCUUUUUCCAUAAUACAUCCGAGAGCGUUCGACCUUCCUCACUCUCGCUCUCUCUCUUACCACUAUGAGUGCAGCUCAGCCCACCAUGGUGCGUUGCUGAAUGCACACAUAAGGCAGGUAUAUAAAAGGUAUUAAGUGUACCUUAUAAAGACCUCACUUUACAGACUCCUAGGAGUGCCGUAGUGAGUGUCUCACAUAGCAGGCUGCAGUCUCAGCCAGAUAAUGGCAUGAUGACGCGACCGCUAUUCGGGACGGCGCUCUGUCUCAGGCUAACGCCUCAGUCAGUGCAGUUCAGACUCGUGCUGCGUUCACGGAGGGCCGGAUUACUACGGUUACGGGCGUAACCAACGUACCGGCGCCCCCGUCUCUCUCAGAACGCGCUGAUAAUAACCACAUUGGGGAUGGCGCACUAUCACAGACUAAGGUCUCUGUUAGUACGACCCAGACCCAUGCUGCGUUCAAGAAGGGCCCGAUUACCACGGUCACGAAGGUGCCCAGUGUAUCGGCGCCCCCACUUUUUCCUGAAUGCGCCCAGGCUCACCACACUGAGUGUAGUUCAGCCCACCAGAGGUGCAGAGCUGAACGCACACAGGAGGUGAAAGGAGGAAUAAUACCUAGACGCCGUCUUGGUUUAUCUCAAAGAGACCUCACAUUACAGACUCCAAGGAGUACUGUAGUGAGUGCCUCUCAUAGCAGGCUGCAGUCUCAGCCAGAGAAUGGCAUGAUGACGCGACCUAUAUCUGGGGACGGCGCCCUGUCUCAGGCUAGUGCCUUAGUCAGGGCGGCUCAGAACCGUGCUACGUUCAAGGAGGGCCGGAAUACUAGAGUUACGGGUGUAACCAACGUAUCGGCGCCCCCUGUUCUCACAGAACGUAUUGAUUCUCACCACUCUGUAUGUAGCUCGACUCACCAGAGGUGUGUAACUGAGCAUACACAGGAGAGGAAAGGGAAAAAGGUAGCAAGGCGCAGCCUUAGCUCACCUGAUAAGGACUUUUUACUACAGACUCCUAGGAGCUCUGUAGUAAAGGUUUCACACAACAGGCAACAGUCUCUGUCCCAAUGUGACAUGAGGACGCAGCCGCUAGCUGGGAAUGACGCCUUGCUGCAGGCUAAUGCCUCAGCCAGCGCAGAUCAGACCCAUGCGACGUUCAAGGUGGGCGAGAAUACUAGAGUUACAGGCGUAACCAAUGUAUGGACGCCCCCAGUGUAUUCAGAACGUAACAAUGCCCAUGGCUCUGAGUGUAGCUCACCACACAAGAGUGUGCUGUUGAGCAGCCGCAUGAGACCAGUGAGGAGGUAUUGUGGCACCAUCUUGUGGUACCAGUCAGAGAUCACACUUUUCAGACUCUGUUGAGUACUGCAAUGGAUGGGUCUCAUGGCAAGCAGCAGUCUCAGUCAGACAAUGACAUGAUGACGCAAUCGCUUUCAGGGAAGAGCGCUCUGUCUCAGGCCAGUACCUCAGACAGUGCAGUUCAGACCCGUGCUGCGUUCACGGAGGGCGAGAUUACUGGAGUUACGGUCGUAACCAACGUAUCAAAGCCCCCGAUUCACCCAGAACGAGCUGAUGUGUCCUCUCCCUUUCAAGGGGGGCCCGCCUUGGGCUAUUCCACCAACCCAGUGCUGGGGAAUAGCGGCGGCGAGGGCCAUAGAGGAAUACAGGUCCUUCCUACUGGACGCACCACAGCUUCGCGCGCACCCGCUUUCUCUGCAUUGCUGGCAGUGGCGUCGAAGCUGUACCCUCUCACGCUGGCUAGAACAGACGUUAGAGAAGGGUUAUGCCCUCCAAUUCCAUCGGACCCCACCCCCGUUCAGGGGAGUAGUGGAAACGGUGAUGAAAACAACGGACAAAGUGGCCGCUCUGAAGUCAGAGAUUACGGAACUUUUGGCGAAGGAGGCGGUCACAGUAGUGCCCCGAGAGCAAAGGAACAAGGGGCUGUACUCGCCCUAUUUCCUAGUGCCCAAAAAGACGGGGGGAGUGAGGCCGAUUUUGGAUUUACGCAUUCUCAACGAGAGCAUAACCAAACGGCCCUUCCGAAUGCUAACGACAAAACGCCUACUGGAAUGUGUUCAGAAGGGAGAUUUGUGUACAAGCAUAGACCUAAGGGACGCGUACUUUCAUGUGCCGAUACAAUCGCGCCACAGAAAGUUUCUGCGGUUCGCCUUUCAAGGGGUGGCGUACGAGUUCACGAGGAUGCCGUUUGGGUACGCCCUGGCACCUCGAACGUUUUCCAAAUGUGUGGAGGCGGCAUUGGAACCGCUGCGUCGUCAAGGAAUAAGGCUAUUAGCCUACCUAGACGACCUGCUGAUUCUCGCCCCGUCAGCAGAGCUGGCGUUCACACACACGACACAGACGGUGACUCAUCUCACGCGUCUGGGGUUUGCUGUGAAUUGGAAAAAGAGCGCACCCUGGCCCAGUCAUCAGAUUGUCUACCUGGGAAUACAGCUAGACACUGUAAUGAUGAGGGCACGAAUUUCGGACCCUCGAAGGGCAGCAUUGUUACUAGCCCUGAGGAAGUGUCGUCCGAAUCACACAGUAACGGCGCUAUCGAUCAUGUCACUUUUGGGUCUCAUGUCGGCAGCCCACUCUGUGGUCCCGCUAGGGCUUCUGCACAUGCGCAGAGCACAGCGGUGGUUCGCCCAACUAAGACUAGACCCAGUGCGUCAACGUCAUCGGUUGGUGGUGGUUCCUCUCUCGCUAAGAGCAGACCUGGACUAUUGGCGGAACCCGUGCGUUCUCACGCACGGAGUCCCGAUGGGCAAGGUGUCAUCCUACAUUCCAGUGUUUACAGAUGCCUCUCUGACUGGAUGGGGAGGGACAUGUCAGUCUCAAGCGAUAGGAGGUGCAUGGCCUCAAUCAGGUCGUCACAUCAACCUCCUAGAGUUGGAAACGGUGCGACUGGUCUUGACCCACUUCGCGUCUACCCUUCGGGGUCGCGAUGUGUUGGUCUGGUCAGACAACCGAACCACAGUGGCUCACAUAAACCGCCAGGGAGGGGUCAGGUCUCCUGCCCUUCAUCGGGCGGCAAUGGAAUUAUGGCUGUGGGCUCACAAGCACCUUCGCUCGUUGAGAGCAGCUCACAUCCCGGGCUACUUGAACGUAGGGGCAGACCUCAUGUCAAGAGGGGGUCCUCGAGACGACGAGUGGUGUCUGCACCCGGACAUUGUUCUACAGAUUUGGGAACAAUUCGGGAGAGCCGAGGUGGACCUGUUCGCGUCACGUGUGAACGCGCAGUGUCUCCUAUGGUUUUCUCUGAGAAACCAGGACGAACCGCCGUUGGGAAGGGACGCAUUCGCGCACUACCCGUGGCCGAAAGUUCUCCUGUAUGCAUUCCCUCCGCUGUCUUGCAUUCUCCCACUGCUAGCCAGGGUGAGGUCAGAGGAGCUGUCAGUGAUACUGAUAUCGCCCGGGAGCUCCGUGGUUUGCAGAGAUGAGUCAGAUGUUGAUUGCGCCACCUUGGGCAAUUCCACAUCGACGAGACGCGUUGACUCAGGCGGGAGGCUCGAUAGGGCAAUGGCCCGUAAUCGGCCAACCACUGAAGGCUUGGUUCCUGAAUGGGACAGUUGAAGCGCCGUGGGUUGUCUGAUGCAGUGAUCAGAACAAUACAGGGCGCAAGAGCCGGUUCCACUUCUAGGGUGUAUACCAGCAGAUGGAACGUUUUCUCACGAUGGUGUAAUACACAGGACGUAGACCCCAUGAGCUGUCAGGUAGAGAGUGUACUAUCAUUCCUACAGUCUAUGUUUGAUGAGCAGAAAUCGCCCUCCACUAUUCGAGUGUUUGUAGCGGCAAUUUCAGCUGGUCACGAAGGGUUUAACGGGAAAAGUGUGUUCAGUCACCCAUUAGUGAAACGUUUCCUAUUGGGAACGCAACGGCUUAGGCCAAGGCCUAAAGCUACGCUGCCCAAAUGGGAUUUGGCACUGGUUCUCGAAGCGCUAUGUAAAUCGCCGUUCGAGCCAUUGAAUCAAAUACCCCUCAAGGUGCUGUCUAUCAAGACGGCGCUGUUGCUCGCCUUGACUACCGCUAAACGAGUCAGUGAUUUGUGUGCACUGUCAACGAGACCCGACUGCCUUGCCAUUAAUGGCGAUCUGAGCAGAGCGGUGUUACGUCCUAACCCGGCAUUUGUGCCGAAGGUUAUUAACAGUGCAUAUAGAUCACAGAUCGUGGAAUUGUGGGCUUUUCAUCCCCCUCCCCAUGGGGAGAGGAGUGAGGAAAAGCUUCAUUGUUUGUGCCCAGUACGCGCUUUGGCGUGUUACGUGAGGCGCACAGCGGCGGUUAGGUCAUCGCCUCAGCUGUUUGUGUGUCACGGUGCGGCUGCAUUGGGUAGACCACUUUCAAAACAGCGAUUGUCUCAUUGGCCUUGUGAAGGCAUUGAGACGGCGUACGAGGCGGCGGGGCAACAACCGCCUCAGGGUAUUAAAGCGCACUCCACUCGUGGAAUUGCAGCUUCUACUGCCCUCUUCAGAGGAACAGAGGUAGAGGAUAUUUGUAGAGCGGCGUCAUGGUCGACACCGUCUCCUUUUAUCCGUUUCUAUCUGUUGGAUAUGUCUUCUAACUCUUUGGCUCAGUCUGUACUCAGCGUGGCUGAAGGGAGAUCAUGAGCAAAAAUAGAGAAGGAAAGCAGGAUUGUGACUGUGUUCAUAAGUCCGCUUUUAUUAGAAGUAACAUAUUAUAGACAUGUUUUUCUAACUCUUUUUGUUCGAUCGAAUUUCAGCAGAGCUGAAAGGCGUUCUUGAGCUAGAAAAAGAGGACAAAGCAGGACCUUGGACAGGUUCCAAUCAGGUCCGCUUUGGUUAGGAAGACUUAUAUCAAGGAUAAGCCUUUUAACUCCAAUCUCGAUUACACUCAGCACGCUGAAGAAGAAUCUUGAGGUAGAGGAGGGAGAAGCAGGAUGAUAGACUGGUCUCUAUCAGGUCCGCUUUGGAUGAAGAGCAUAUUCUGUGGCAUGUUUUCUGGCUGACAGUGUCAGCAUGUAGAAACAUGUAUUGAGUGGACAGAAUAUGAGGUCAUCUAUCUGAGGUUCAGUUUAGUAUGACUGGUAUAUUUUGUCCCUGCCUACUAAUCUCUGGGUUCCAUUGAGUAAGUAAGGCGGACUAUUGGACACAUAAUGUAAGUGACAUUUUAUGUCAUUCCAUUAGUGGAUAAUAGUGUUAUCAUAGAGUAUUGAGGCACGGCUAUCUGCUAAUACAGAUUAGCAUGGCCUCUAUUCUUUUGAUCUGCCCAAUAGCCAUUGACAUUGUCAUUGAGCUAGAUGGGGCGGGUCUAUAACCGAUGACGCGGUAUAUUGUGACGCCUUAAUGGGUUUUUUAGUCGCAGUACUGCGGGAAUUGGUUGCAGCCAUUGCUGGGCUUGACCUUUUUCAUUUUUUAAUGGGAAAUGUUAGGCUCGGCAGGGAGUACAUUUUGGAGCGUUUCGCCUUAAACCACUAGGAGCAUAGCUCCCCUAUGGGGCGGAGCUCCACGAUAUAGAACGAUUAGUUACCGGAGUGUAACUCCAGUUCUAUGAGUGGAGCGGAGCCCCAUAGGACUUAAGGCCCUGCCGACCCUCUAGUGUCGCUGAAGAUAAUAUCUCGGGAGACAGAUUGAGGGAACGGGGUUCCUUAUAUAGGGACACCUGUACUCCUAUUGGCUGUAGGUGUGUGCAUAAUUUUGCUUCAGGCUGUUCUGCCUUAGGGCAGAGGGUAAACCACUAGGAGCAUAGCUCCCCUAUGGGGCUCCACUCCACUCAUAGAACUGGAGUUACACUCCGGUAACUAAUCGUUUUUGAACGUUAGAAUGCAUACUGGAGUUUGUAUAUUUCUAAUGUAUUCGUUCGUGGAACAAAUCAUAAGCUUUCUACCACUGUCGACUUUCCUAACGACUAUAGGUUCAGAUCGUUAUAGCGAUGGUGGUUCAAGUUUUCAGAGUACGACCGGACACUGCGUGCACAUGAGGGGGCUUCCUUACCGGGCAACAGAGACUGACAUCUACAGUGUGAGUACCAGAACUAGUUACAUAGUAUACACACUCAGCCAUUGACGGUCACCUGAUGGCAAGGUAAACGGUCACUGACUGGUCAUGCUAAUGGUUGCAAUUUUUUCCCAUGUAGUUUUUCUCGCCACUGAACCCAGUGCGUGUGCACAUCGAGGUCGGGCCAGACGGGAGGGUGACUGGAGAGGCUGAUGUGGAGUUUGCCACACAUGAGGAUGCUGUGGCAGCCAUGUCGAAGGAUAAAGCCAACAUGCGUGAGUCUGCAGUAAUUUAAUAUGUGCUGUGUGUGGGUGGCGAUCACUGUUCCUGUCUGGAUAGUUGCAUCCUCAAUCUUCUGUCUUUUUAAUCCAAUCAAAGAUGCUUGCCUUGUUUCACGCCGCCCUCUCUUCCUCAGAGCACCGUUAUGUUGAGUUGUUCCUCAACUCCACGGCAGGGGGCAGCAAUGGUGGCUAUGGCGGACAGAUGAUGGGGGCUAUGGGUGAGUUUAUUCAGUCGGAAGGAUGGGGAGUAGAUGAAGGUAUAAAAGUGUAUUCUGGGCCAACGAGUGUAGUUCUGUGUGCAGAAUCAGUUUGGCUUUAAUUGGACAUACACACCACAUCCUCUGUAGCUCAGCUGGUAGAGCACGGCGCUUGUAACGCCAGGGUAGUGGGUUCGAUCCCCGGGACCACCCAUACACAAAAAUGUAUGCACGCAUGACUGAAAGUCGCUUUGGAUAAAAGCGUCUGCUAAAUGGCUUAUUAUUAUUAUUAUUAUUGUUUUAAGGUAUUUUAUUUGACAGAGUUCUAUUUUCCACAGCCAACCAAUCUUCCUAUGGAGGCAGCCAGCAGAUGAGCACUGGUUACACGGGGGGCUAUAGCAACCAGUCCAGCAUGGGGGGGUACAAUGAUUACAGUAAGUGUCAGCUCUCUGCUGCCUGUCACAGGAGGGUUGUUACUAACAUUAAGCCCCAUUACUUACCAUAUCAGAUAAGAGAAAUUGCUGCAGCUACAUAUAUUUUACAUCCUGGCCCUACAUAGUUCACUAUUUGCAUCACUUACCAAAAUAUUACAUGUGGUCAUAUAUGCUUGGAAAGUGGAGAUGCCAUAGAACGUCAAAAAAGUAAACAUUGCUGGAGACACAUUGCCGUUUUGGAGAAGACAUCGCGUUUGCUAGCGAAGAGAUUUGUUGUGGCAAAUGAACUUGGGCUGGGAAUUGCCAGGGACCUCACGAUAAGAUAUAUGCAUUGCGAGUCUCAUGAUUCUAUACGUAUUGCGAUUCGAUACUGUGAUUUUAUUGCUCACCAUACAGUGAGGGAAAAAAGUAUUUGAUCCCCUGCUGAUUUUGUACGUUUGCCCACUGACAAAGAAAUGAUCAGUCUAUAAUUUUAAUGGUAGGUUUAUUUGAACAGUGAGAGACAGAAUAACAACAACAAAAUCCAGAAAGACGCACGUCAAAAAUGUUAUAAAUUGAUUUGCAUUUUAAUGAGGGAAAUAAGUAUUUGACCCCCUCUCAAUCAGAAAGAUUUCUGGCUCCAAGGUUUCUUUUAUACAUGUAACAAGCUGAGAUUAGGAGCACACUCUUAAAGGGAGUGCUCCUAAUCUCAGCUUGUUACCUGUAUAAAAGACACCUGUCCACAGAAGCAAUCAAUCAAUCAGAUACCAAACUCUCCACCAUGGCCAAGACCAAAGACCUCUCCAAGGAUGUCAGGGACAAUAUUGUAGACCUACACAAGGCUGGAAUGGGCUACAAGACCAUCACCAAGCAGCUUGGUGAGAAGGUGACAACAGUUGGUGCGAUUAUUUGCAAAUGGAAGAAACACAAAAUAACUGUCAAUCUCCCUCGGCCUGGGGCUCCAUGCAAGAUCUCACCUCGUGGAGUUGCAAUGAUCAUGAGAACGGUGAGGAAUCAGCCCAGAACUACCCGGGAGGAUCUUGUCAAUGAUCUCAAGGCAGCUGGGACCAUAAUCACCAAGAAAACAAUUGGUAACACACUACGCCGUGAAGGACUGAAAUCCUGCAGCGCCCGCAAGGUCCCCCUGCUCAAGAAAGCACAUAUACAGGGCCAUCUGAAGUUUGCCAAUGAACAUCUGAAUGAUUCAGAGGAGAACUGGGUGAAAGUGUUGUGGUCAGAUGAGACCAAAAUCGAGCUCUAUGGCAUCAACUCAACUUCGCCGUGUUUGGAGGAGGAGGAAUGCUGCCUACGACCCCAAGAACACCAUCCCGACCGUCAAACAUGGAGGUGGAAACAUUAUGCUUUGGGGGUGUUUUUCUGUUAAGGGGACAGGACAACUUCACCGCAUCAAAGGGACGAUGGACGGGGCCAUGUACAGUCAAAUCUUGGGUGAGAACCUCCUUCCCUCAGCCAGGGCAUUGAAAAUGGGUCGUGGAUGGGUAUUCCAGCAUGACAAUGACCCAAAACACACGGCCAAGGCAACAAAGGAGUGGCUCAAGAAGAAGCACAUUAAGGUCCUGGAGUGGCCUAGCCAGUCUCCAGACCUUAAUCCCAUAGAAAAUCUGUGGAGGGAGCUGAAGGUUCGAGUUGCCAAACGUCAGCCUCGAAACCUUAAUGACUUGGAGAAGAUCUACAAAGAGGAGUGGAACAAAAUCCCUCCUGAGAUGUAUGCAAACCUGGUGGCCAACUACAAGAAACGUCUGACCUCUGUGAUUGCCAACAAGGGUUUUGCCACCAAGUACGAAGUCAUGUUUUGCAGAGGGGUCAAAUACUUAUUUCCCUCAUUAAAAUGCAAAUCAAUUUCUAACAUUUUUGACAUGCGUUUUUCUGGAUUUUUUUGUUGUUAUUCUGUCUCUCACUGUUCAAAUAAACCUACCACUAAAAUUAUAGACUGAUCAUGUCUUUGUCAGUGGGCAAACGUACAAAAUCAGCGGGGGAUCAAAUACUUUUUUCCCUCACUGUAUGUCUGUUGCAGAGGGAUGAGAAAGCCAUGAGAACGAGUUUUGAUCAGUCAUGGAAAUAAAAGUGCUGAAAACAAAUUGGCUCCCUGUGUAAAAAGAUUGAGAACAAGCUAUGAAGGAACAAUAAUGGUGUUUUGGUGCAGGUACAGCCAACUAGCGCUAAAAUAUUGCGAUAUUGUCAAUACAGUAUAUCGUAAAGUAUCACUAUGUAACUCGAUUUCUUUCACCCCAAUCCCUCAAAUUAACGGUACAUAACUGAAUUGUUUGCCCCACAUUUAGCUAAGAUGAUUAGCUAGCCAGCUAAACUGUUUUAUUUAGUUAGCAGUCGCAUCUACAAUAUUUUACUGUCAAUAACAUGUCUCCAAAAAUGACGUGGUGUCUCCAAUUUUGUUGACAUUUUACAAUUGUGAUGCGCAUCCAUGAGUAUCCACUUUCUUUGCAUAUUUUUUUUUGUAUUGGAGAAGGUAAGUCUGCGUCGGUAAUAAUGUUGGUAUUUCUUUUUCCUGUUAGGUAAUCAGAGCGGGAUGAGCAGCAGUUACUAUGGCAGCAGCCGUGGCUCCGUGGGCAUGAACGGCAGCAUGGGAGCAGGAUGGGGCAUGUAGGGGUUCCGGGGGGUGGUGUGGAAAACUAGCUUCUUCGCUGUUGGCAAAAUUAUGUUAUGUUUGUUUGUUCGAGAGGGUUACAGAUUCUGUACAUACUGGAGUGGUUCAACUCUAUUGUAUGAAAGAUGAGGGGGAGGACAAGUUUUUACCACAGCCUUUCUUAACCUUAACUUAACUCACUGAAGUCAGUAUGUUUUUUUUUUUUUUUUUUGUAUUGUGAAUCCGAGACAGCACAGGGUGAUGGAUUUCGGUUCCACCCUAGUUAUACCUGUAGUUCAAGCCUGAAUGACUGGAUUCUGUUUGAAGCAACGUGUGCUUUUGUAAAUAUGGUAAUCAUGAUUGCUCCUUCCGAGACAAACAUUUUCAGCUCCUUUUUCAUAGUUUCUAUAAACUUGCGUUGAGCCUGAGGGAUUUUUAUAAUGUUAAAGAGCAUGUUGAAAUAGCCUCUUGUUAAAUAAACAGGAUAUUCUUUUUGGUUGACUCUCAAACUGCUAAAUGUUUUAAACCUUGUAAUAGUCGUCUCAUCUCCUCUCACUGUCUUGGUUUUGAUUCUGUUAUUGGGCAUCGUUAAUAAACUUGUUAAC